GCGUGGUUGUUGAACCCGCCAGAGGUACCGCUCGAGGCAGCAACCGCGACCGCUACGACGAUCGAUAUGGUGGUCGGCGGGGCGGCGGCGGCGGUCGCUACAACGACAAAUCAUCCUCUCGUUACGGGCCACCCUUGCGCACUGAGUACCGCCUGAUUGUGGAGAAUUUGUCCAGCCGCGUUAGCUGGCAGAGUUUGAGGUGCUUUUGACUGAGAGAUUCCCUCCUCGGCCUGGGCUAAAAAUCGAAUGAGAAUCGAAUCGAGAAUGACAAACUAGUGACCGAUUCAGAGUGUUUCCCAAAAACCAUGAUGAGUGGUGGAAGACAGAGAGACAGUCCCCAGAGCAGCCCCAGAUUGGUUCCAAUCUCCGAUCUGCGAUCCACGAUGAUCUGCGACCUACGACCUCGACGAUGCGCCAUCGCCGCCGCCUCAUCCAUCCGUCCAUUCCAAACUAAACCAAAAAAUAAAAACAUAUAUAAACGAGUCGAUCAGAAUCGAAACCAAAACCAAAAUCAGAAAGCAGACGAUGACGAUGGACGAUGAUGAGCUGCCCGGGUCAAAAGGCCAGCCCACGUAAACCGAUUUAAAGACGUAGGCUGGCCUCUUGCGUGUGUUAGGUAUUUAACUCUCUGCUAAAACUAUUCACAAUUUUAACUACAAACAAUAUUAUAUAAAGAAUUGUCAAAUUCCUUAUAGCCAUUGUGAGUGUGAGAGGGCGUGAAUCGAGUCGAUCGACUGUGUGGUUAGAUGAGAAGCUUGCCUUGCGUUCGCUAAUUCUGAGAUGAGAUGAUGUGAUGGUGAUGAGAGAUGAUGAGCAUACUUGACGAUGAUCGAUCGAAGACACGAUGACUAUACGAUGCGCGUUCAGAGUUACCAACUUGGGCUAUCGCCUCCGAACUUAGUCCUUCCCCCAAUUCCCGGUUCUUCUGGCUGAGACUACCGAGACUAGACAACCCAUCCGUUGGAGCAGCGAGAGAGCAGCGUCCCGAAACGUAUUUCUUAUUUUUACAGUUCGUUUGUGCGUCCGCCGCUGCCCCGGCAAACUGCUCCACUCUCUGGCUCUCUCUGGUGCGGUGGUUCUGGCCAGCGAUGUCUGCUCUGAUCUGAUCUGACCUCCUGUAUCUGACUGUAUCCGGUGUGGCUCCCUCUGAAACUAAACGAAUACAGCUACCGCUAUCUCGCUACUUCUACCGCAACACUUGAAUACUUUUUUGCCAUUUAUAAUAUGAUUCUGUUGUGCAUGAAAGAUGAAAAACAUAAACCAAACAAAAACCAAGUAGCAAACCAAAACACGAAUACCAAAGUAACGAAACGUAACGAGGUCUGGCUGGCCAUCCAUCCAUCCGCUCAUCCGCCUGCCUUAACGAUGUUCGAUCGGACUUUCGAUGAGGUCAUGAGGUGUCCUUGGUGUCAUUGGCCCACAGUUACUAGGCAGACAAUCUAAACUCUCGGUGUAGAAACGAUGUGUGUGUCCUCCUCUCUCUGAAAGCGCAUUAAGAUCUCAAGGAUUACAUGCGCCAAGCUGGCGAGGUGACGUAUGCCGAUGCCCACAAGCAGCGCCGCAAUGAGGGCGUGGUUGAGUUUGCCUCGUUGUCGGACAUGAAGACGGCCAUUGAAAAGCUGGAUGACACCGAGCUGAACGGCAGGCGCAUCCACCUGGUCGAGGAUCGCCGCGGAGGACGCAGCGGUGGUGGCGGCGGAGGUGGCGGCGGACGUGGACGCUCCCGUUCGUCCAGCUCUCGUUCGCGAUCUCGCUCCCGCAGGCGUUCCCGCUCCCGCCGCUCGUCGCACUCGCGCUCCAAGUCGCGCAGCCGCUCCAAGUCCCGUGGCGGACGCUCCAAGUCCAAGUCGCCGGUCAAGUCUCGUUCUCGUUCCCGCUCGCGUUCCAACAAAUCGCGUGACGUGUCCAAGUCCAAAUCGAAGUCCCACUCCCGCACCCGCUCCCGUUCUCCCAAGCGCGAGCGCGACUCCCGUUCCCGCUCCCGUUCCGCCUCGAAGCGCGAGUCCCGCUCCCGCUCACGUUCCAAGUCCAACCAACGCCGCGACUCCCGCUCACGCGAUCGAUCCCCAUCGGCUGACAACAAGUCGCGUUCGCGCUCCCGCUCCCGUUCGGCCUCGCCCAAAAAUGGAAACGCCUCUCCGGACCGCAACAACGAGAGCAUGGACGAUUAGAUUAGUUAGCUGUCCCAUUAAUUUUAAAACACUUGAUUUUAGACUUCUACUAUAACUAUUCUACGAACAUCAACACUCAGACACCCCAACUUACCCUGCGCCACUACAACCAAAACUAAAAACUAAUGAAAAUGAAAUCAUAUACAAAUCCA